UCCACUUCCCACUUUUUCAUAAUUUAACUUCUUUAUAAUCUUUCACCACUAAGUUUUACUUUUUACACUUUUACCACUAUAUAUCUUCACUUAAUUUUUAAGGGUUUUACUACUCUCCUUUUAACAUUAACUUAGGCCAUCAUGAAUCACAACGCCGCCGUUCUCACGGCAUUCAUCUGCAUUGUCAUCUCAACUGCCGCCGGUCAAUCUCCGGCAUCUUCCCCCACCGCCACCCCUGCCCCACCAACCACCACAUCACCACCACCAGCCUCCUCCACCCCACCACCAGUGAGCACCCCACCACCAGUGAGCACUCCACCACCAGUGAGCACCCCACCACCGGUUGCCGUUCCAGUGUCAUCACCACCACCAGCAGCCACCCCACCUCCCGUCGCUUCACCACCACCAGCAGCCACCCCACCACCCGUUGCUACUCCACCACCAGUUGCCACCCCACCACCAGCCACUCCACCGCCAGCGCCUCUAGCUUCCCCACCUGCUCCGGUCCCAGUUUCAGCUCCCAGUGUGACUCCAGUAGCUGCACCAUCUCCUUUGGCUUUAAGCCCACCGGCACCACCCACCGGAGCUCCUUCUCCGGCGCUCUCCACUGAUCUGUCCCCUGCACCUUCUGCUACUGACGUGAGUGGUGCACAGAAGAUGGGAUCAAUGGUUGGGAGCAUUGUUUUUGGAUGUGCUCUUAUUUACUCGGUACUCUAGAGAUGAAUAUUUUUAUGCCAUCGAGUUGAGCUCUAUGUAGUCUUGAGGAGUUGACUUGAUGGUUGAGAACUUUUGCAUUGUACUUGUCGUAGCUGUAUACAUUCUUUUGUGCGGAUGCAGUUUCUUGUAACUUUGUGAUACUAUUGUCGACUUUGCUACUAUUGCUAUUAUUAUUAUUAUAUUGUUUCGAUUUAUGCUA